AAAGAAUAUAAAAGAAAGAAGUGGAAAAGAUUUGGAAAGAAAAAAGAAGGUGAAAGAGAAAGAAAGGAAAGCAUAGUCGGCGCCCAUUGUCCCCCCGCCGACCAAUCAUAGCGUCGUUUUCAACCUCCCUUACUCCUCCCCUACAAAACUCCUCGUUUUUUCCACUCUCCUUUAUUCUUAAACCCUCUUAGUUUUCUUCUUACUUAUUUUUCUCUUCCAAUUUUUCAUAUAUAAAUACAAUUUUUCUUUCACACUUUUCUAUCUUACAAACCCCGCUUCUUCCGAUUCGCAUUUUUCCCUAAUAAUCGGGAGAUUCCGGGUUUCUAACCUACUUUUUUCGUUCUUUAAUUUAUAACUUUUCGGUAAAUUAUGAAACCUUCGGUUGAAGGAUACAUGCUAGCUGAGAGGUUUGAUGAUGCUGAAAAGGAUAAGAAGAAGAAACGCCGAUCCAAUCGUCGAACCAAGCAGAAUCUUCCCUCAUCUUCUGUAUCUGAAGUAAAUGAAGCUGUUGGGGUGUCCCCAGAAUGCUCGGGAAAAAAUGGAAUGGCUACUCAAACAUCUGGUUCUGUUAGCAAUUCAAUGAAACAUCAGGGUGUUAUUGUUUUCCCCCCUAAUGAGCAAAGGUUAUCCGAAGCCCAGAGUGUUGAAUCCAUAUCAAUGCCUCUUGUGCAUUUUAAUGAUCAGGUGGUGCCUGUUGAUUUGCGAAACAGGCAAAUACAUGAAGGAGGAGUUGUUUCAAAACCAAUUUCAGACCCCAUCUGUUGCUUAGGUUCAUCAGGAGCUACUAAUAAAAAGAAAGACUCGGUUCCUUGCAGUCAAAUUGGUGUUAAUGGCCAGAGAAAUUAUUUUAGUCCACACUUGUCUGUUGAGGCUGUUGAGAUGGCAUUGGAAAAUGAUGAUGUUUUCAAAGCUGUCUUUCAUGUCAAUGCUCACAAUAGACUUGAGGCCUACUGCAGAAUUGAUGGAGUGCCAACAGAUAUUCUUAUUGGUGGGGUUCCAGCCCAGAAUAGAGCUGUGGAAGGCGAUGUUGUUGCAAUCAAGAUUGAUCCUUUGUCAUUGUGGACAAAAAUGAAAGGAUCAAAUGUGGCCAACAGCAACACUGCAGUACUGGAAAAUUGUAACCUUGUCCAGGAUAAUGUAGUCGAUGAUAACAAUUGUAAAGGAGAAGACAAGUUAAAUGCUGAUCAUGACACUUCUAAUUGUAGAAGCUCUCCUUGUCAAAAAAAGGUGGAAUCUUAUCAAAAUUCUCCCCCUUAUAGAAGUUAUCCAUUUCCCGAAAAAAGAUAUAUUUAUGAAGAUAGUGAUACUGCACAGGCUUUACCUAACCAUUUAAGUUUAAUUGGACUAACUGGCCGAGAUAACAGCAAUGGACUUCACUGUGACACAUCUGCUCUCUUACAGAUUAAGUCUGGUAGUGAACAGAGUGAAGUUAUGAAUGCAGUGGAGAGGAUGUGUAUGUUGGUUAAUUCUUUCCCUUCUAAAAGACCAACUGGCAGAGUGGUUGCUGUUUUUGAGAGGUCUCCACGUCGAGAGUGUAUUGUUGGUCAUCUUAAUGUGAAACAAUUGAUUUUUUCCCGGGACAUAAGCAAGAAAGAUGUAAGAAAGAAUAAGAAUUUGGCGUCUCAUCAUGAAUAUAUCCAGCUGACACCAAUUGACCCAAAGUUUCCAAACAUAAUGCUUCUUGUUAGAGAUUUACCAGAGAGUAUUAAGGGAAGGCAGGAAAGUGGUGAUGCAUCAAUUGAAAUGGAUCUGGUAGCUGUACAAAUUGAUGAUUGGUUUGAAGAAAGUCCUUUUCCAGAUGGUCAUAUUUUGCAAAUUUUCGGGAGAGGCAGUGAAAUUCAGCCCCAAUUAGAUGCUAUUUUGUUUCAGAAUGGAAUCCGUUUUUCUGAAUUUCCGGCUAAAGCUCUGUCCUGCCUGCCAUCUGUUCCUUGGGAGUUACCAUUGAGGGAAUUGCAAAGUCGAGCUGAUCUUAGAAACUUGUGUAUAUUUACUAUUGAUCCUUCAACUGCAACUGAUCUUGAUGAUGCAUUGUCAAUUGAGAAGUUGUGUAAUGGAAAUUAUAGAGUAGGCAUCCAUAUUGCUGAUGCAUCAUACUUUGUUCUACCAGACACAUUUUUAGAUGGUCAGGCUCGAUUUAGGUCAACAAGUGUUUACAUGUUGCAAAAGAAGAUACCAAUGUUACCUGCAUUAAUCUCCGAAAAUAUUGGAUCACUUAUUCCUGGAGUGGAUCGACUUGCAUUUUCUAUGCUCCUGGAUGUAAAUGUUGAUGGGGAUGUUGUGGACCGUUGGAUUGGUCGUACUGUUAUUCAUUCUUGUUGUAAGCUUUCAUAUGAACAUGCACAGGGCAUCAUUGAUAAUGCUUUUGAUUUUGAGAGUUCAAGCUUUCAUGAAGAUGACUAUCCUAAAGUACAUGGUCAUUUUGAGUGGCCUGAUGUUAUUGCUUCUUUGAAGAGUCUCUAUGAAAUUUCCAAGGUUUUGAAACUAAAGAGAUUUACUAGAGGGGCUCUUCGGCUUGAUAAUCCCAAAACUGUUAUCCUGUUUGAUGAGAAUGGCAUCCCUUAUGAUACUACGUUUUCAGAACAGAAAGAAUCAAACUUUCUUAUUGAGGAAUACAUGCUUUUGGCCAAUACAACAGCUGCCGAAGUAAUAUUUAGAGCUUAUCCUGAAGUUGCACUACUGCGGAGGCAUCCUGAACCUAAUAUGCGGAAGCUCAGAGAGUUUGCAUCAUUUUGUCAGAAGCAUGGUUUUAAUUUGGACACUUCUUCAUCUGGUCAUAUCCAUCAGUCCUUAGAGCAAAUAAAGGAAAUUCUUAAGGAUGACCCUGUGCUUUAUGAUAUAGUUAUUUCCUAUGCUACAAGGCCAAUGCAGUUGGCGUCUUACUUUAGUAGUGGUUAUUUAAAGGAUAAUGAGCAUGAAUGGGGUCAUUAUGCGCUUGCUGUACCUUUAUACACUCAUUUUACAUCACCUUUACGUCGAUAUUCAGAUAUUGUUGUCCAUCGGACACUACUUGCUACGAUAGAGGCCGAAAACAUUUAUUUGAAGCAGAUUGGAAAGGAAGUUGGAGGGAAGAAAAGAUGUUUCACAGGCAUCAGCUUUGAUAAAAAUGCUGCAGAAUCUGUUGAAUGUAGGGAAGCUUUAUCAGCUGCAGCCUUGAAGCAUAGCGUUCCAAGUGCUAGUAUAGUUGCAGAUAUUGCUGAUCAUUGCAAUGAGAGGAAGAAGGCUAGUAGAAAUGUUAAGGAUGCCUGUGAGAGACUUUACAUAUGGUUUCUCCUGAAGCAGCAAAAGGUUUUAUUAUCAGAAGCAAGAAUAUUGGGACUAGGCCCGAAGUUCAUGUCAAUUUAUAUUCAAAAGCUAGCGGUUGAGAGGCGCAUAUAUUAUGAUGAAGUUGAAGGUUUGACUGCCGAUUGGCUUGAGGCAACAUCCACACUGGUGCUUAGCAUAUCCCCUACUAAGCGUGCUUUUAGAAGGGGUGCCACUAACAAAUGGAAGGCAUUGUCAGAAGCUGUAUUGCUUGCUUGUCCGUAUGACCUGAAAGUUAAAAUGGAUAAUCGUAAUCAAAAUGAAGGGAUGGAAGUGGAUUCUGUUGUAUCUGACAUGAACAAGCAUCACAUUUCUAGAUCUGACACUGGAAUUGAGCCUGCAUUUUUUCCACUCACUGUGCAUCCUCUUUCAACAAUUCCAGUUGCACUUCAUGCUGUUGGUGGUGAUGCCGGGCCUCUUGAUUUUGGUGUGAGGCUUUACAUGAGCUCUUAUUUUGGGUAAUUCGAUUGUUUUGAAAUGGCAGACAUAUUUGAUGUGGUAAAUCCGUCAGACUCUUAAACGGAAGGACUUGGCUUUGUUGUAGAAUUUUGUAUAGUGACAGACAUAGGUGGGAAAGUUACAGUAAAAAAAUUCUAAUGCUUUAUGAAGAUGUCCAACUGAACUUUGGAUUAGUUGUUCAGGUAAAAGGUUGGAGUUUUCUGUUAUAGUUUUGUCCUUGUUGCCUAUUACUAACAGAAUCUCCAUCUUACUGGAAUUGGCUCUUGUUUUUGUUGGCCCGUUCCAUCUACUUAAUACGUGCAGGUAUUUGGUUCUCUCCCAAGUGGCUGAGACCAAUUCAUAGUUUUUUUCUGGUUUUGGUAUGGCUGCGGCCCAUUGGUUUUUUGAUUUUGGGUGGCCACUCAUGUACUUAAUUAUAUUUGGUUGUCUAAGACAUUUUGUAUUUUAGUUAUUGGAAUCGAAUGGAGUACUCUAUUAUGAGA